AUGGAGCUCAUUGUACUUCUCUUUGUCUCUUCACUGCUGCGAUCAUGUGAAGCACAAGGAUCCAGUGAUGUGACUCCUGUGUUUGUGAAGAAGGGAGAGGAUGUGCUGCUGAAUGUCAUGAAGGCUACUGGUCCUGAGGAAGUUGGUUUUGUUUCAUGGAAGUUCAAUAAAGAAGGAAUUUUAAUAUUUCCACCUGGAGGAAAACCAACAGUCUCUCCUAAUUACACUGGGAGGAUUGAGUUUUCUCAGACAAAUUACUCAAUGAAACUGAAAAAUCUACAAAAGACAGACAGUGGACCUUAUAUUGCAGUAGUGUUCAGAGGAGUAACCCCAGAAACUACUGAACACAUCGUCACAGUUCAAGAUCGAGUGUCUUCAGUUAAACUGUCAGUGGACUCUGUGUCCAACAGCUCAGACUCCUGUAACUUCACUGUGACCUGCAGAACACAGGACUCUCACAUUAACAGCACUGUUAGAUGUGUCAACCAAACCUGCAGUCAGGAUGGAGGAGAGCAGUCAAAGGUCACGACCUCUGGUGCUUCUCUCAAAGCUUACCUGGCUAAUGACUCAAUCAUCUGUAACCAUAGCAACCAGGUCAGCCAGACUGAGGACAUCAAUAUAAUUGAACAUUUAUGCCCCAGUUAUGACGAUCCUCCAGAACCUUACACCAAUACUAGCAAUUAUGUGGUUCUUGUUGUCAUACUAGUUCCGCUUGUCAUCAUCAUUUCUGUGACAGUGUGGUACUGUCUAAAGAAAAGAAAAAGUCACAGCCCAACCUCUGACUCAGAAUCCAACAGAUGAUGCUCCAAACUCCACCUACUGCAUGGUCGGCCCUCACACUGGACCUGGAGGAUCCACGGAGACCAGAUCCCUGGUUCAGCCAGAGAGUCUGUAUGCUCAGGUUGACAGAUCUGUAAAAAAAUAAUCAGGAAUUCCACUUGCAAUGUAUAUCUGACCUGUUCUACUACGAAAAGACUGUUAAACAAGGAAAUGUUACUAAACAUCACACACACUCAGGAUUAGAUUUUUAUAUCAUCACAUAUUGAGCCAUUAGGUCCAAGCAAGUCAAAUGCCACAAAGAUGAGUUUUAGUAUGUUAUUUCUGUGCUCUAUCUUGGGAUAUUGUUUACAAUAAUUCUACUAAUAAUACAUUGAAGAUCAAUGUGUGACAGAGACACAGCUUGGGUAUGUUGGGUUGACCCUUUAUCUCACUUUUUCACUUGUCUGGAUGUUUUCAUUACAGUCCAAUUAUAAAUAUGCAAUUCAGAUAAAACUCACUGCAGUGACCAUUAUCUCAGCGUGAUGUAAAAGCUUCAGUUGCCAUGAAUAUUGUAUCUGAGCAUGAUGAACAAAAUGAUGCCACAUUGUUCUAGGAGCAAUGAUUUACAGUAUGGAAGUGUGAAUUUCACACAUGGUUGUUGGGAUGAGAAGCUAUGAGCUUCAGCACUCUGAUACAAUCGAUUAUUAAAAAGAUGGUAUGCUGCUUAAAAUGCAAAUAACUUAGUAACUCUUCAUAUACUUAAAUAUUAUACUUAUAUACUAUAUUAUAGAUAAUAAUACUUUUAUAUAAUACUUAAAAAGCAUGUGCUAAUGAAGCUUGUUUAGCAUAACUAACAGCUAGCAUUAUUGCAAACAAAGAAGAUGGUCCAGGGUUACACUUCAUUUCAAGGUUACAGCAUUGUGCUUCAUUUCUAAAGACUUGAAUUAAUUUAUUUCAUUCAUAUAAGCAAUGUGUUUUGUGAAGCAAGUGUGUCAUAUUUUUUAAGUUGUUUUUGAAGAUAUCAAAGUACUCAACUGAAAAAAAUUAAAUCGGAUGCUCCUUGUAGUGGGCGUGGCCUAUAUCCAGAGAUUCAGAUGAGUGCAUGGAAUACGUGCAUGUAAGAUUUUUUUAUUUUUAUGGGCUAACAAUGCUAUUUUUGUACCUGCCAUACGUACAGCUUUCUUUACCAGCCCUGUAAUGUUAUGCCGUUUAUAGAAAAAGGCUGCAGUAUUACUUUUUUCAAUGGAAUAAUAAAAAUAAGAAUCUGAGCAAUUUCAAUCGAGUUGAGUACUGGGAUCGCCCCCUCGGGCUUGGAGCCUUAAUCAGAGAGUCCUUGUAGUCUUGGAAAAGUUUCUAUUAAAAGUUUUUACCUGUUCUGAACAUAAUAAUAACAGAUGCUGGAGCAAGCUUAAAAGUGUCAAUAAAUCCUUUAUUUU